AUGGCCACUGUUGUUGUCGAUGAGAAAAUGGGUGCAACCCACCCUACCGACGACGGGGUCGCUCCCCAGACUUGGUCAUUCGACGAACAGAACCGUCCCAACGAGAAGACCUUGACCAGGACGUCGGAGAUUUCGACUCCCUCGACGGUUCAUCAGACCAAUCCCUUCGACAACGACAUCGAGGCAAUGGUUUCCUCUGGCGAACCGAUGAUUAGAAAAUCCACCCAGUGUAUAAGAGGAGGCGCUGAUUGCCAAGUCUGGCCCGGCCAAGAUCACUGGAAGCGGAAGGCCAAAGCAGCCAAACGGGAACGCCGCGCCUGCAACUGCCUAGCACACCUCAGCAGACGGAACCGUAUCAUCGUCAAGAUCCUUAUCGGCCUUCUCAUCGUUGGCAUCGCCGUCGGCGUCGGUUUCGGAGUGAGCAAGCCCCUCGGGGCAGGCAUUUGGCACGACAAUAAAUAG